AUGUUGAAGCGGAUGUCUUUGAGGGGGAAGAAGAAACGCGACGGGAAGACGACGUCGAGGACAGAGCGUGGCGAUGAGCAGUGUAGAGUGGACGUCGAGCGUCCUUCUGGCCAUUUGCCUACGUUGUUUCGGCGGAAAUCGUCGAAAUUCUUCUCGUCGUUUAUCGACGCUGUGAAAUCCUCGAGUACAUCCCCUGAGACCCCUCCCACCCCCUCGCGCGUAUCGCUCAGUGCGAAGCACUACGCCUCCUCUCUACCACAGGAACUGAUUCUUCUCAUUAUUCGAUACGCCACCCUCCCCUGUCCUCACUCCCCCUUUUUCUCCUACCUCUCCUCAUCCACCUCCUCCCGCAUCCCCGUAUCGUUCCUGACCUUUCCAGAUCAUCUCCACCACCUCCCGUCUUACCAAACUUCCCUAUCAUACAAAGCGUCCCUAGCACUCGUGUGUCGUGCGUGGACUCCGAGCGCCCUCGAGGUGCUGUACCACUCCAUAUGGAUCUUUCGCGCCAAGUUGGCGAGGAAACUUGCACAAUCUCUUCUGGACAGCCAAAGCCAGGCAGGAAGCUAUAUUCGGGCUCUGCAUAUUGAGACGAGCGUUAUGGAACGUGCCCAUCCCGCGGAUAUGGCGGUUAUCGUCGGCUGUGCGAAGGGGUUGGAGGUUUAUCAGGAUGUUAGGAGUAUACGCCGCGCCGGAAUGCGUUUUCUUGUUCUUGAUGCUCCUCCUAUAACCGCUACCUCCUCCUCGUCGUCUUCAUUGCCCCCACGAGGUCUCCUAGAUGGAGAUAAGGGCACGGAAGAUAUGCUUUCCCUCCUCCCACCAACCCUCCGUCGACUCAGCUGGACGAACUACGAACACGACGAACGGGACUACAAACACGGAAUCCGAUUUUACAACGCCGUCGUUGGUCCACAACUCGAGCGCGCCGCGGCGGGCUUGGAGUUCCUCGAACUCAGCCUAUCCGCCGGACCAGGCCCCAUCUCACAUAUGCUUACGGAGUUGAACUUGGGAUUAACCAGUACUACUAUCAGCACAACCUGUCCCUUAUCAACGAUACCCUACACAUCCACCUCUUCCCCGCCCCUCCUCCUCCCCGCACUGCUCUCUUUGAAAGUGACGCUGGACAACGCCACCUUUUCUGUCCUUUCGACAUGGGCCAUGCCCGCCUUGCAGAAUCUCUCCGUCCUCAGCGCGGAUUUCUCGUACACCGGCGAAGGGUUCGCUGCGUUCUUCGAAGUGCACGGGGAUAAGCUCCGACAACUUGAACUGGGCCAUUCGACGGGGGCGAUUGAAGAUUUCUGGUUGACCGCUCCUCGGACUGCCAGCAGUGUGCCUCCUCUUUCCACUGGCGGAGGAGGGAUCGGCCAGUUCCCUUUGGCGGAAUGGUGUCCGAACUUGGAAGAAUUCAUCUGUUCAGCAGAUGCAGAGUGGAAUUGGCAAUCACCCGACUGGAUCGCUCCGCACGUGUUGUUGCCUACCCACCCGGGGUUAAAGUUUAUUGGAGUGAGGGAUAUGGAGAAGAGGAUACGGGAUGAUUUGGAAGCUGCUGAGGGACGGAGGUUGUGGGAUGAUGGGGAGGAGCAGGAGCAGCAGGAAGAAGAUCCGCUGUUUAUGCUUUUGCAGCAGUUUGGGAGUUUGUUGAGGAGUGAGGCGUUUCCUUCGCUUUUGUAUGUGAGGGAUAUGAGUGGGGUUAGUGGGUUUAUGAGGAGGGUUGGGAGGGUUCCGGCGAUGGCUUCUUCUUCGCUUUUGUCGAUGGACUCUGAUGCCCCCUCUACGCAUCAAUUAUCAACGUCAGCGUCGACGUCUUCAAUGUCAAUAUGGCGCCCCACCAACUUCCUCCCGCGGACCAGACCUACCUCUUCCUCCUCUUCUUCCAAAGCGAAAAAGGCGGAAAGGAUGCGGUUGAUGAAGGAAGAGAGGGACGGGAGGCGCGUGUUGAAGUUUUGGAAGAAUGUUUUGGAAAGGUGUAAGGAGCGCGGGGUUUGGUUGGAGGAUUGGGAGGGUGUUAGUGUUACGCUUGGGGAUUUGAGGAGGGCUGAGGGGGGUGCUGCGGUAGAAUGGGUUAUCGAAUGCAUUGGUUACAUUUGGACAAGCAGCCAUUUCCUUGAAGUGGAGCGUUUUGACAUCUGGUAUCAAAUUGCUCGCGUCAAGUUGUGUCGGUACACAUCCAAAAAAUACGUGACUAACCCGAUAAAAAAGCCCAUACCCUUUAACUCGGUUGCAAUGAGUCCAACUCUUACCACAUCUGUCAGCACAAAACAGCCACGCAUGGCGACCACCCAGAUGAAUUCACCAUAUGCAUCCAAUCUCCACACCAAUUAUACCCCUACUGAGUCAGAAAUUCUCCAAAUCAAGGAGUUUUUGGCCGAACCCCUUGAACGUUUAUCUAGCCUCGACGCUGAGAUAGAAAGGGUGCAAUCGAUUCUCGACGAUCUACAUCACGAGCGUCGUGCUCUGAGUGAUGAGAUCGAGGCUCAUCGAGCACUGAUCUCUCCUAUUCGCCAACUCCCGCUCGACGUGCUCGGGGAGAUCUUCGUCCAUUGUCUCCCUGACGGUUGCAAUGCCGUCAUGAGCCCUCAGGAGGCUCCGAUUCUGCUGGGUCGCGUCUGUAGCGCGUGGAGGUCCAUCGCACUAUCAACCCCGCGGCUUUGGGCGAGCCUUCACAUACCGACACCUAUACAGAUCACUGAAACUGGGCAAGUUCCUGCUCAGCCAGAUCCUGCAUUCACUGCCAAGAUGGAGAAGCGCUGCGAGGGGGCAGGGGAAUGGAUCAGCCGUUCAGGAGCGAGCCCUAUCUCCAUCUCCGUCUGCACUCCAACGCACGUGUAUCAUCAUGCAUCGGAAACCUCGAACCUGAAUACUUUUGAGGUUGCAAUAGCGCAGAUACUCGCUUCCAGCCGCCGAUGGAAAAAAGUCGAUUUUAGGGCAACGGAAGAGUCAUUUACCCGUCUCCAACAGCUCGCGGAAGAUGAUGUACCGCUGCUGGAAUCUCUCGUCAUCGCUAGUGGGUCUCUAACAACAAAUGGGUGGGAUCCGCCCGCUUCAAAUCCUGGACCUCCUCUCAUUGCCAAUAUCCCUUCAUUGACUCGGGAUGAACUUAUUGGUUUCCUUGAAUCCGUGCCACUCCUCAUCCACCUCCGUAUCAGCAAUUUGUCCAGUUCUUCCUCUCUCGAUGAUGAAGUCAUUGAUCGCCUCACUCCUUCCGGCGAAAAUUCCGAUUGUUUGUGCCCUAUGCUUGAAGAAUUUCAAUGCAAUGAGGGCAAUUGCGCGAGUUUUUCCGAAGCGAAAUUGUUGUCUUUGGUUCAAAAGCGGAGUGAUUCUGAAAAGGUUGGAGUGCUGGAACGGGUAGACGUCGCUUUGGACCGCCGCAAGCCAAAGAACGUCGAGGAAUUUCUUGGUGCGCUGGUCACUGGGGCUGGGAUGAUAGUUUCUCAGCGGUGGGCUGGCGCCUACAUUUCCCCCGAUUAUAACAACACCAAGCUAUCUACCGUUGUGGAUAUCAUAUACGCAGCGCGGGUUGAAGAUUGUUUUUCUCCUUGGGCUGGUCAGUACCUGGUGUGGGCCCCUUCAGUUUUAUUUACCGAAUAUAACCGCACACUGGCAUCAGUGAAUCACGAGGUGGUUAAGAUCAAAAUUGGUACAUAUACAACUUCAAUGGUUGGUCGAAUGAAAACUCAAAACAUCCGUGAUUACGGAGGUCCUGUUGAGGUCCUAGUCAUGAUCAAGCUUACACAGUUGGGAUCGCCAGGUACCAUUUCGUCCGCUAUCCACGAGGGGAGGGCAAGCACAGCCCGUCCCUCACCUCUCACGUUUCCACCGAUAUACGCUGAUCCUGAUAUCGACAGGCCACCUCAUGUGCCGGUUCCAUACCCACCAGUCGACGAAAAGUCCCACUACACAAAAAUGGGUCGUGAUGUUUUGCAGUAUCCUCCAGAAGUCAGGUUGCGCUACCCACCAGGUAUCAGGCGCUCUCUUGGCGUGGAGUGCACAACACCUUCGUGGGUUCAACCUCGGCGCCCUGAUUGGGUGAAUCCCCGUCCUCCCUCAUGGGCGGAAACGCAAGCAGAGAAAGACGAUGGUUUCUUGCUAACGGUUCGACGUUCAAGAAGGCGUCCAAAAUCGACAAGAUGCGGAACUCUCCCCCCUCUCGAAGCUCGUGCUCGAUUUUUGGCAGGAGCCUCUCCUUUGUUCGUUGAGUCGGGGUCACGGUUGAGGAACGGAUCGGAUAUACUUCUGGCUCCACGCCUUCGAACCGUGUCCAGCAUGCAAGGCACGAUCGGUCACGAACAUACUGAAUAUAUCAUAUCGAAGGGACCGACACGAAGUACGCAGUUGGAAGACAGUCAUGAGGUGGAACAGGACAGUCCCUUCUGUGAUUUUUCGCGGUUGAUGCAGGUUCUACACGGUAUAUGA